GAGUGUUAUUAAAGAUGUUGCAACUAGGUAUUAUCAUAGUUUUGCGUUGACUGAUAAAUCUUCUGCACAAAUAGCUAAGAAUAUUCAAAAAAUUUAUGAUGAUCCUAAGGAGUUUCUCUCUUGGUCAAAUUGUUUUAAUUCUGAUAAGGGAACAGAAUAUAUAGGGAUUCAUUCUGGUAUUCAACAAGAUGCUAUGGAUUUUCUGUUACCUUUAUCAAAUCAUUCUAUAGAUUAG